AAAUGGAAAAAAAACUUCUAAAAGAAGACUAUUUCCAGUAAAUAAGUAGUAGUAUAAGUAUAAGCUUUGAACAAUAUGUUUUAUAUUUUAUUACAUAUUUUCAGGCUGCGACGGCUUCAGCAAAGGAUACAGAUGAAGUUCUACUCUAUCUCACCUUAAAAUGGUCAGAGUCUGAUGUGCAAAAAAGAAAGAAAACAAGUCUAGAGAAGUCUCUCCAGACUUGGUUCAGCACCAACACCAACAAACUGGAAUGCAAAGUUAAAGAUGUCGGGGAAGACGGGAGUGCUGUGAUAAUGGUUAAACCUGCUCCAGGUGUGAUUGAUCUUCAGAAACUGCACAAUCAACGUCUCAGCCUGAGAGAUGUUCCCCUGGUGACCAUUGUGUCUGUUAAUCUGGCACCAUUAAAACCUGAUGGCCAAACUUCAGGCAAUGCUUCAGUGAGCCCCCGUCCUUCAUCGGUGCUUCAAUCUGGUAAUGCUGUGCAGAUGGUGGAUCAUAGUGAUCCAGCUUCUACAGCAGAUCACACUUCUGAUGAGGACAAAAAGAACCCUCUAGACAAAUGUCUCAUCCCAGUGUUUCAUUUCAUGUAUAUGAGCAACAUCUACAAGGAAGAAAUUGCAAGUAUAGAGAAGAAGCAUGGAGUUAAAAUGGAUGCACAGGCCACUGUGACGUUUUCCUCUGACCGGGAAGAUGACCAACAAAAAGCCCUUACAGAGUUCACAAACCUUGUUCAGACGCACUUAUCUGAAGUCAGUAGCUCAGUUAUCCCAGCCAAGUUUGUCGACUCAGAUCAGUGGAUUAGUGCACUGAAAAUAAGUCAGAAAAAUGAGAACAAGCUCAUGCUUACUAUGUUUUCAAAAGAAAUUACCGUAUUUGGACCAACCCACUGUCAAGAAGCAUUCAGUUCAACCUUAACUGCAACGCACAAAACAAAUGGCACUUUGGAGGAGGAAGACCCUGAACCCCAAGACCCAUCUUUCAAGAUAAAAACGACCUUCAAAGACCGUCUAGCUUAUACAGGGUUGACCAUGGAGGAGAGCACCUGGAAGCUGCUGACUACUCCUUAUGAUAAACAGGUUGCAAAGAUCAAAGAUAAGUUUGAUGUGGACUUUAAAGAGUCCAACAUCAGUGAAGGCAAAGUCAAUGUUAAAGCUUCCUACAAAAGACCUGGAGGAAACGCCUCCAUGGAGGUUCAUGCCAUCAGAGCUCUUCUACAUCUGUACCAGAAGAACGCCACAUCAGUCCUGAACUUCCCUCAGCCCCGGGGUGCCACCGGAUUCAGUAGCUCACUGACAAACAUCGAGAGUGGUAAUGAUUAUUUAGAGACCUCCAGAGGACCUGGGCAGGAUACGCGUUCAACACAGCACGCUACAGCAGGUUCAGGAGAGGGAGCGACAGCAGGAGACAGUAAAGAUGAAAUCUGCCCUAUAUGCAGGGAUCCGUUUACCAAUAAGAAACAACUGAAGUGUAAACAUGAGCUUUGUGAGGAAUGCCUGGAAAAUUUAGAAAAACACAGUGGACCUAUCUGUCCUAUUUGCAAAGAUGUGUUUGGUGUGAUGAUUGGAGACCAGCCGGAGGGAACCAUGACAUGGAAGAAAGAUCCUGUAUCUCUUCCUGGAUUUGGAUGGGAUGGUACCAUAGUCAUCACGUAUCGGUUUCAAAGUGGAAUACAAACGGAAAAGCAUCCAAAUCCUGGACAGCGGUACACUGGUACUGGCAGAACUGCAUAUCUCCCAGACAACAAAGAGGGCAACGAAGUGCUAAAACUGUUGAAGAAAGCGUUUGACCAGAAGCUGAUUUUCACGGUUGGGGAAUCCAGAAUGACUGGGGACAAGAACACGGUGACCUGGAAUGACAUUCACCACAAAACAAGCAUAUAUGGUGGACCGUCGAGCUAUGGAUACCCUGACCCGGAUUAUCUCAAAAGGGUCAAGGAGGAACUAAAGGCUAAAGGCAUUAUGUAAAUUUGACAUCAAGAGAAGUCCAAUUUGACAUUUAUGCAAAUAUAUUUACUCAAAAGUUUAUGUUAAAUGACUGUAAGUAAUGAUCAUAAUAAAUACUUCACAUGAUCUCUAAGGGUUGCUAACUAUGCAAGAAAAACAUGAAGGUGGUAGUAAAAGGCCAAAAAAAAAAAGCUCCUGUUUGUUGUGUCGGUAACAGAAGAAUGAAACUUGUAUUUAAAUGUGAUCUGAUAAAAAAUAUAUUAACUGAUUUACUGGUAAUAAAUGUUGAAAUG